GUUUACAUUGUUGCAAAAAAUGCGUAGUUUUAGUGCUUACUUUUGACUCAUUUGACUAAAAUUGCCUACCAACGUCACAACGUUGUAUCGGAAAAUUGAUAACUGAAGGAACCAUUAAUCUUAGAGAUCUGAGACACAAUAAUAACUUUACAGUGCCUUUGCCCUACACCGCAUUGUUUUAAAAAUGUUUUGGUUUCAAUGCAAUGAGGUUGUACAACUCAUUCAACCCUGCCUGGAGAAGCAAAAGUGUAAUAUUCAGGUCGCCUUUUACGAAAUUCUGAACGGACUAUGGGUAAGGAAUGGUCUACAAAUAAAAGGACAGGCCAUGACAUACAUCCAGUGCAAUUUCUGCAAUUCCAUGGUAGACGCUGAUCUGUAUUUGCUGCAGAUCUGUUCAACUAGGAUACCUGCCGAGAAUUUCCUCAAAACUGUUAUCGAAAAGUUUCAUAUAAAAGAAUGGAUGAGCUCAGCUUCGUUUCAAGGUCCACAGAAUGUUUACUUAUUUGGAGAACACGAUACGCCGAUGUUAGAAAGCUUUUUAACAUUUUUGGCCACCCUUAUCAGCGUCAGAACUAAUUUAGGUUUGUCCGAGACCGCUCUGAACCGUCUGGAAAUGGUAACUUUACUCUGCAUGGGCGACAAGACCCACUCGCAAUUGAUGGAACUGAUGCCUGAACGUUGCGGGACUUCCCAAAGCCGCGAUUUCGAAGCGCUACUUGCCGAAGUGGCCGAUUAUAGAGCUCCAGCUCUUGAGGCCAGCGGUAAUAUGCAACAGGGCAUGUACGUGCCGAAAGCAAAGGUCUGGGAGCAUAGGUACGACCCUAUCCACGUGUUGCUAAGAGCGGUGCAUCGUAGGGAUUUCCAGACAUCCAUGGAUCGGUACACUGAAUAUUUGAGGCACGCUAACAAACUGAAACCGGGCGUCAGUCCUUGGCCACCAUUCAGAACGCCAGAAAAUGUAGCAGAAGCGUACGAAGAUCCUAGGCAAAUCCUGAAAUCAAGAGUAUUUCAUGCAGCUGUUCUAGUCAUCCUUUACCAGGCUAAUAGAGGGCAGGUUUCCGAACAUGUCAUGGCUCUGGUUAUAUUUCUUUUAGAGCAAGCUGUCUUGAUAUCAGAACAGGAUGAAAACAAGGAUACGAAGAUUUGUUCAACAGAACCGAAAACACAAGCUCAAAUCAACGACAUAGAUCUGGCUAACUGGUUCGCCGCAGAUUCUCUAUUCGAUAACAUCAAAACUGUUAUAAAUAGGGUUGCUUUAUCAUCUGAACCUGAUUUUUCACCUCACAUUGAAGCUUACACAGAUAGUGACUUGGAAUGGGAUGGUAGUGAAGAUGCAGAAGACUUCUCCUCGUCGCCGCCUGACGAUGACGCGCCUGGAGCCUCGGUGGGAUCUUCUGCUGGCGCCGAUAGGGGCAGCGGAACUGUCAGUUUGGUGAGCAAAACGACAGCGUUGAGGCGGUUUGACAUGUUGAUGCUCCAACCGGCUAACAGGUCCUCGGGCGCUGGCUCGUCGUCAGGAGGCUCCCAGGGGCAAAGCAGGGAUCAUCCGCAGACGGGCUCUUCUACUACCACUACUGUAGCUGAGCGUUCUCCACGAGAGAUGGAUGUUUGGGUGGAAGUAGAAGUUACACGACCUGCCUUGCCACCAGCUACUGGCUCAACAAACGAAGAUGCUACUCCAAGUCCUACAGUAGAAUCACCGAUGGAUGUUGAAGGAGUUGUUGCCGUUAUAGGAGACGAUAACAAUUACGAUGUAACAACACCUACAGAAGCAAGAGCUUUACCUGCCUCGGGACAAUUACCGGCCUUGUUAGGUAACAUGCUGGGAAGGUCGUACUGGGAUCCUAGCAACCAUACCACAGAUUUAGUUCCAUCAACAUCACAGAGCCAUAGGAAAGCUUACCCUCUUAGGAGGAGACAUGUAGGGAGUUCAAAUCCUCCGUCAGUGAAAGUGAACGAGAGUAUAAUCUCUCUGCUGCUGAAACUACACUCUCACCUUUCUGGAGUACCUGAUAGCUUCAAUCUAGAUGAAGAACAAGAAAGUGUUAGUCCACCGUCUGAAGAAGCACCUAUAGGUGACGGCCCGUAUUAUAUCGCGAGAUUGCUUAGAAGGAUCGCGACUGCCGACAGUUCUUGCAAACAGAGUAUACAGGAAACUCGGAUGAAGUUGUGGCCGACGUUAGAAGAAAGGGAAGAAGCGAAGAAACAAAGGGAAAGCAAAGAGCGCGAAGAGAGGCGACGAAGAGCUAAAGAACGACAGCAAAAAUUAAUGGCGGAGUUCGCAAAUAAACAGAAGGAGUUCAUGCAGAAAGCGAUGGAAACCGACGAGAAUUUCGAAGAUAUGGAGGAGGAGGUUCUAGUCAGCAAACAAGAAUAUGAUUGUGUAAUUUGCAACCAAAGUUCGCCCAGUACAGAAGACAACCCGAUGGGCCUAGUAGUUCUUAUCCAAGCGACGAGCGUAAUUGGCCACAGACGUCGUUAUGGCCAACCAGAACGAGCGGUGUUACCAACUUGUGAAGAAGAAAGAGAUCAACUUCGAAGGGACGACACUUUAGCUGCCGAAUUUGACAGGCGGGUGGACGAACUUGACAGACACUUUGACCCUCAAUCCUGGUUUUCGUCUGUGAACUUGGGCUGGGAUGGAGGCGUUCACGUCCAGACUUGUGGCCACCACAUACAUUUAGACUGUUUAAAUUCCUAUUUAACCUCGUUACGGUCUCAACAACGGCAUCUCAACCUGUCACCAGAAAAAGGAGAAUAUCUAUGCCCAUUAUGUAGACAGCUGGCGAAUUCUGUUCUGCCUCUGUCAUCCCAAUUAGGUGAAAAAGCUCAAAUGGUGCGCUCUAGACCUAAUGAAAUGAUGUCCAAGAUUCUGGAGGAGCUUGGCGAUUUUCUUAGGGAAAAUCAGGAGAAACCUAAUCCAUCCAAUAUGUCUGAAGCGAUAGGCAAAGUAAUGGAAGACAUGUCAUCAUGUAUAAAAAUAAAAAAUCGGUUCAAACUGAAAAGUGAAAAACCACUUCCGCAAACCCUCUUUUUAUUUGUGACUUCUAUAGCUCGGACGAAUUUAGAGGUGGAGCUGAUACAAAGAGGAGGGUCCUUGGUGACGCCAGCCAGUGAACCACCGAACCCUUUGUUGCCCAAAAGAGAUUGUAUAGUACCCCUAUUGCACGUUUUGGCCGUCCACACGCGGAUAGCGAGGGCGUUGACUAUGUGGCCGUCAUGGAUGACCUUCCAGCAGUUGUGCGGUCUACCAGCCAAAGUGCCUAUCACCUCACUGGCUCCGAUUGAAAGGGAGGUGCCUUUGCUUCUCUGCGACCCUAUUGCUCUUCUUCUUGAAUUCAUCCUACUUCUACCUCUACACCUGGAUCAAACUUACUUCACUACCAUGGUCCAAAUGGUGUACAACCUAUUAUACUAUCAAGUAGUCGCGCAAGUGUCAUGCGGUUUGACGGGGGCGGAGAGGACCAGGGCCGCCGCUAGCGCCACUUCCGGCCAAGUGAGCAACUUGAGCGACGCUCUGGGACUGAUCAACGAGUGCCUCGGUCAAACGGAGCUGUACAUGGAAGAUGAUAGUUCUAGUUGUAGCGGGAAGCCGCAGGUUAACAUUCUUGCAUUGGAGCAACAGGUUCAGAAGCUGUGUUUACCUUUUCUUCGGAUAGCCGCGCUGUUGAAGUACCACUUAUAUCAGCUACCAUUGCCAGAAAUUAGGAAUCAUCAAAGCGAAUUCGUUCGUCUAGUCUACUAUUUAGAAUUAGUCACAGAAUCCAUGGACUGGAGCUUAUUCAAUGCCGCUGUAGCCUUAAAUUGGCCUUCGGAUACCUCAAUGAGCGUCGAUUCCCCAAGAUUAUGGUGCAAUCAGUUUGCUGCGUUUGUAGAAAGAAGCCAGAUAGCAGCCAGAGGUUUAUUAGUAGAUCAACACAUUGUAUGGCAUCCGCCACGAUUAUUGCAGCUUCCUAGAGAAUACGAAAAGAUAUUUACGUACUACCACGAGCGUCCAUGCACCCAAUGCCACUCCGUGGCUGCCGAGACUAGCGUUUGCCUUCUAUGCGGCACCGUCGUCUGUUUGAAACAAAACUGUUGCAAGCAGCAAAACGUGUGCGAGGCGGUUGCGCAUGCGCACGAGUGCGGUGCAGGCACUGGUGUGUUUUUAGUGGUGACUUCCACCUACAUCAUCGUAGUCAGGGGGCACAGGGCCUGCCUGUGGGGCUCGCUCUAUUUGGAUGAUUUCGAGGAGGAGGACAGGGAUUUGAAGCGAGGCAAACCAUUGUACCUGAGCAAAGACAGGUACCAACUGUUGGAGCAACAGUGGCUAGCGCACCGUUUCGACCACACGAAGAAAACUUGGGUGCCCCAUCGAAACGCCCUCUAAGUCGAGCGUGGAUGCCAGGGCUCAGGGCAGGGCGCUUUUUCUUUACACAUACUACACUACGUAUAUAUCUUGUGUAUCAACACACUUAUUUCAUUCAAUGUGUAAUCUAUUAUUUAUGAGCUGUGAUAAGUCAAACGAUUGGUAACAAGAUGAUAUUAAGUAAACUUUUAAUUUUUUUUGUCCUUUGGUUCAGCCAGUGAGCGCGUUUUAAAUGGUGGAAUGGAGUUUGCAAUACCUCGUAUACGCGAUACUUAACUUUCGUGUAACCUUUGGAGGACUGACAGGGACUGAAAUAAAAUUUAUAGCAAGACACUCGAAAGUUAAUUAAAUGAAAUAAUUAAUUUUCCCUUUCAAUGGUUUUUAUUACUUUUAUUGUUUUUUUUUCCAGUUAAGAUGGAUUUCGUUUCACUUGUAUUUAAAUGUAUUUAAAUUCAGUUUGUUAGAAGCUAACUAUUUUGAAACAAGUUUCAUUUCUUCAUUUAUGUAAGUAAGUUAUGCCAGUCUGAAUAUUUGGAGUACUUAUAAAAAUCAAAGUGUCUUCAGCGAAAAUUUGAAUAUUGCAUUUUUCGUAAAUCGUUUAUAAAAUAACGAUGAAAAUGUAAGAAUUUCCAGGUAAUUCAUACUCCUACGUAAUUAUUUGCCUUUUUUUCGAAGGGCGAAGUAAUAUCGAACUCGUCAUUCAUCAUCGCAUGGUCUUAGCUUCGCGAGACUUAGUCGAAUGAAAAGUGUCCAUUAUGAUAUUCAGGCAUGAGUUUCGUGUCACAUUGUAGCUAUUUCGCAUACGAUGUGGACCAUCCGAUAGUCGAGAAGACCAGGCACUGGCAUUCUUAUUUAGACCCAAUUCAAGGAUCUACCAAUGGGAGGGAGCUAGCAAUUCUAGAGUUCAGAAUGUUUUUCAAAACGUUGCUCAUUGACUGGCCCAGUUGUACAGUUUCCACAACUUAUUAUUCUAGUCUGCUAUCUUGUGGCUUACUGACAUCAAAGUACUCUAUUAACCUUUAGUUUGCACAUUGCUGUUACGUGCUUUCAGUGUUCGUUUUUUUCUUAUAGCUAUAAAAAAUGGGUGUCUUAUAUGUUAUAUAUGCGUUAUUUUUCGUGCCGUUUGUAUAAAUAGUUAUCUCUAAUAAUUCGGGCGUACUAUAUCUAGUUGAUUUUGAUCUUCAAAUAAACCUCAAAAUAAGUUGAAAGAAGAGAUGAAUGUAGAAAUAUUUUCACAUUUUGAUCUUUUUGCAAGGUCAAGGCACAGAUUCAACUGAAACAUUUAACACUUAUUUAAAUUAUUUUGGUUGUAGCGGAAUUGGUGGUCUCUUUUUAAAAUGUAAUUAUGAGGCAUACACUCUCCAUGUAUGAUGAAAAAAAAAUUUUUUUCAACUGUUUCUUCGGCAAGUUUUUUCAGUUUUUUGAACAUUACGAACAAAAAAGGUUCCUUAUGACUUUUCUGUAAAGUUGAUAGUUUUCGAGAUAUAAGCGAUGCAAUAUUUGAAAAAUAAUUUCACGACCCCGAAAAAGAAUAUGAAAAAACGAAAAUUUUAACGUCGUUAAUGUUCAAAAUCCCAAACCAUUUCAGGAGGUAUUGUUAUUGUAAACUAUAUUUUUUUAUUGCUAACCAAUCGCGCCCCCGGUAAAUACUGUCGCAUGCUCGAUUAACAAUAUUAAAAAACAAAUGAUUUGCAAUAACAAUACCUCUUGAAAUGCUUUGGGAUUUUGUUAUUGAAAUGUUCGAAGAAUAUUAAGCAACAUUGGCAACAUUGAAAUUGUCGUUUUUCUCCGAGUCGAAAAUGACAUAUUUCGCAUUUUUUUCAAAUAUUGUGUCGCUUAUAUCUCAAUAACUAUCAACUUCAAACAAAAGUUCUCAAGAACUUGUUUUGUUCAGAAUCUUCCAAACACCACAAAAACAUUGACCGGAAUUUGUUUAACAAAUUUGGGUUUGGCAACAUUCAAAAAUCCAAAUCAGAAUAUGUUUUCCAUCCAAAAUAUUGCCCAGACUAAUUGAUAUUAACGUUUUCUACCCGAACCAUGUACUGUAUAUUAAUGUCCAAAAAAUUAUCCAAAAUGAAAUGAGAUAACUUAUUUCGUCCGGAAAAUUUUGUGUAUGCUGAAAUGGUUGGUUAUCUUCAGAAAGAAUACAUGAAAGUUUGCUGAAACUUGGUUAUCAUGACUAGGGAGCUUAGGCAGUCAUACAUAUCGCAUAUGCAAAAAUUUAUCUUAUUUAUUUGAUAAGGUUAACAUUUUAGUAUGCAGUAUUUGUGAAUGCCUAAUAUAUGAGUUUGGAAAUAUGUUUUGAUUACUAAUUGCUAAAAGUAAUUUAUUUUUUCCACCGCCAAAUUAAUUUUUUAGCGGACAAUAAAUGUUUUUCCUAAUGUGUACAUAUGCAAACAAUUUUUAGAUAUAUAUCUGUCACUUAACAAUUUAAUUUGAUUUGGGGUUUGUAUAACACCCAUUUUAAAAAAAUUUAGGGUAUCGAAUUUAAAGUUACGUGUAUAUAUAGCUGUAGUUUUCAAUUAUAUCACUAAUUUGUAUAAAACAUUACAAGGGCUUGUGAUACGGAAAAUACAGUGCUUAGAAUAUAACAAAAAAACGAUUUAAGCAUAAAUGUUGAAACACCUCGCCUAAGGUUAAUACCGACUAUACUUGUAUAUGCGUUGGAUUGAAUACGCAAAUGUUAUCCAUGGUUGGUGUUAUUACUGCAUACAAAUAAAACUGUGCGAAACGAAA